AUGAAUAAAAAUAUAUAUAGCUUAGUUACCGUUGCUUCCUAUAUCCUUUUGAUUAUAGCAACACAAUCUUUUACAAACAAUGGCGAUUUAAAUAAAUAUGUCAAGAAAAAUAAAAGCGUGCAUAAUGAAUAUGAAAUAAACAAUAUAAAUGUAAAUAAUAAUGAAAAUUUUAGAUAUAGAAGUCUUUCAGAACAUAAUACAGAAAAUGAUUACAAUUACGGUUCUAAUAUGGUUGAAGAAAUUUCACGUAAUACAAGUUCCGUGGAUUGUGAUUUGUUCGAUUGUUAUAAUUGUUUGAACUGUUUUAAUUGGUUAGGUUAUUUUAAAUGCUUUAGCAUAUUUAAAAGGGAUAAAAAAACUAGCAAACCUUCAAAUAGCAAUGAAUCUAUUCCUAAAGUAACAUUACUGGUGACAAAUAUUCCGCAUGAAUUUCCUGUGCAAAAUCAAAAACAUCACGAUUUUUUAUUAAAAUUAAAAAAAAAAUUCGAGAACCACCCUUCAAAUAAAAAAAAAAAAAAAAAAAAAAAAUAUUUAAAAUUAAAACAAAGUGAAUAA